CCAUCGCUUUCGAAAAAGUCAAACAGCCGCAGCCUGCGGACCCACACGUGUUUUGAUCUAGCGUAGCCGUAGUGGCGUGUGCUUGGGAAUUUAUAUUUUUCUCGAAAAAAGCUGUGUAUUAUAUGGUGUUUCUUAUUUUGAAGUGCUCAUUAGAUUGUUAAAAAGUUUAAUUGUAAAAUACCGUUGAAACGACAUAAAAGUCUCGUAUAAUUAUGGGAAAACCAGGAUUCUCGCCUAGAGGUGGAGGUGGAGGCGGUGGAGGAGGAGGAGGAGGUCGUGGAGGACCUGGUGGCCGUGGUGGAUUCGGAGGACGAGGAGGCGGCGGCGGCGGAGGUCGUGGUGGAUUUGGUGGUAGAGGAGGAGGUGGUGGUGGAGGCCGUGGUGGAUUCGGCGGAAGGGGAGGUGCUGGUGGGCGUGGGGGUGGAGGACGUGGCCGAGGAGGUCCGCGUGGAGGUGGCCGCGGCGGUGGCGCUAAAGGCGGUGGCUUCAAGGGAGGCAAAACCGUUGUCAUCGAACCGCAUCGUCACGAGGGAAUUUUCAUCGCCAGAGGAAAGGAAGAUGCGCUGGUCACAUUGAAUCUGGUGCCCGGAUCGGAAGUUUACGGAGAGAAGCGUAUUUCGGUGGAGACUAACGGCGAAAAGAAUGAAUACCGAGUUUGGAAUCCCUUCCGGUCGAAGCUGGCUGCUGCCGUCCUCGGAGGAGUCGACAAAAUUCACAUGCCACCAGGCUCGAAGGUUCUCUACCUGGGCGCCGCCUCGGGAACUACGGUUUCGCAUGUAUCGGACGUUGUCGGGCCGGAGGGACUGGUCUAUGCCGUAGAAUUCUCACACCGAUCGGGACGUGAUUUGAUAAAUGUCGCCAAGAAGCGGACCAACAUUAUCCCCAUCAUUGAAGACGCUCGUCAUCCCCAUAAGUACCGAAUGUUGGUCGGCCUGGUUGACACCAUUUUCGCCGACGUUGCCCAGCCCGAUCAGGCCCGUAUCGUCGCGUUGAAUGCUCACCAGUUCCUGAAAAACGGAGGCCAUUUCGUCAUUUCGAUCAAGGCUUCCUGUAUCGAUUCGACAGCCGUUCCGGAAGCGGUGUUCGCGGCAGAAGUCAAAAAACUACAAUCAGAAAAGUUGAAACCUCAGGAGCAAAUCACACUGGAACCAUACGAACGUGACCACGCAGUCGUUGUGGGAGUCUACCGGCAACCUCCAAAGAGUGCGGCGUAAAAAGAAACAAAAUAGCUUUAAGAUAUAUACUUUUAAUAAUUACGUUACAGUAGAUGAGCCUUUCUUGAUUAGGAAAGAUUUUCUGAAACUUCCACAAAGUUAUUGUAGAUUUUCAACCCUUACGUGACAUACAAUGGAAGUAAUAAAAACUUUAUUACAAACAA